GCCCUCCUCACUAAGCGGCUUUCCUGGUUUCCUCAGCGCGUGUUAGGCCGCCCACGCCUAUGCGAGCCUGAGCUGGUGCCGGCUCCGACUAGCUGGAAGAAGGGGAGGGCCGGGCGGCGCAGGAGCUGAGCAUCGCUGGGCUGGCGGCAGGGCGCGGCCUUUUUUGCCGGCAUCCCCACCUGUCGCAGGCCGAGACGUCCGGUGAAGGCAAAGAUGUUAUCCCGGUUAAGAGUAGUUGUUACUCCUUGUACUUUGGCUUGUCGUCACAUGCACAUAAAAGAGAAAGGCAAACCGCUUAUGUUAAAUCCAAGGACAAAUAAGGGAAUGGCAUUUACCUUACGGGAACGACAAAUGCUUGGUCUUCAAGGACUUCUACCUCCCAAAAUAGAGACACAAGAUAUUCAAGCCUUACGAUUCCACAGAAAUUUGAAAAAAAUGACUAGCUCUUUGGAAAAAUACAUCUAUAUAAUGGGAAUACAAGAAAGAAAUGAGAAAUUGUUUUAUAGAAUACUGCAAGAUGAUAUCGAAAGUCUAAUGCCUAUCGUAUAUACACCCACAGUUGGGCUUGCCUGCUCACAGUAUGGACACAUCUUUAGAAGACCUAAGGGAUUAUUUAUUUCAAUCUCAGACAGAGGUCAUGUUAGAUCAAUUGUGGAUAACUGGCCAGAAAAUCAUGUUAAGGCUGUUGUGGUGACUGAUGGAGAGAGAAUUCUGGGUCUUGGAGAUCUGGGUGUUUAUGGAAUGGGAAUACCAGUAGGAAAACUUUGUUUGUAUACAGCUUGUGCAGGAAUACAGCCUGAUAAAUGCCUGCCUGUGUGUAUCGACGUGGGAACUGAUAAUGUAGCACUCUUGAAAGAUCCAUUUUACAUGGGCUUGUAUCAGAAACGAGAUCGCUCAGAAUACUAUGAUGAACUGAUUGAUGAGUUUAUGAAAGCUAUUACUGACAGAUAUGGCCAGAACACACUCAUUCAGUUUGAAGACUUUGGAAAUCAUAAUGCAUUCAGGUUCUUGAGAAAAUAUCGAGAAAAAUAUUGUAUUUUCAACGAUGAUAUUCAAGGGACUGCAGCAGUAGCUCUAGCAGGUCUUCUUGCAGCACAAAAAGUUCUUAGUAAACCUAUCUCAGAAUAUAAAAUCUUGUUUCUUGGAGCAGGAGAGGCUGCUCUCGGAAUUGCAAAUCUUAUAGUUAUGUCUAUGGUAGAGAAUGGCCUCUCAGAAGAAGAGGCACAGAAGAAAAUCUGGAUGUUUGACAAGUAUGGUUUAUUAGUUAAGGGACGGAAAGCCACAAUAGAUAGUCAUCAAGAACUAUUUGCUCACUCAGCCCCAGACAGCAUACCUGAGACUUUUGAAGAUGCAGUAAAUAUACUACAGCCUUCAACUAUAAUUGGAGUUGCAGGUGCUGGCCGCCUUUUUACUCCUGACGUGAUCAAAGCCAUGGCCCGGAUCAAUGAAAAGCCUAUAAUAUUUGCUUUAAGUAAUCCUACAGCACAGGCCGAGUGCACAGCUGAAGAAGCAUAUACACUUACAGAGGGAAGAUGCUUGUUUGCCAGUGGUAGUCCAUUUGGGCCAGUGAAACUCAAAGAUGGGCGAGUCUUUAUACCAGGUCAAGGAAACAAUGCAUAUAUUUUUCCAGGUGUGGCUUUAGCUGUUAUUCUCUGUAACACUCGGCACAUUAGUGACAAUGUUUUCCUAGAAGCUGCAAAGGCACUGACAAGCCAAUUGACAGAUAAAGAGCUAUCCCAAGGGAGACUUUACCCACCACUUGCUAAUAUUCAGGAAGUUUCUAUUAACAUUGCUAUUAAAGUUACAGAGUACCUGUAUGCAAAUAAAAUGGCUUUCCAAUACCCAGAACCUGAAGACAAGGCCAAGUAUGUUAAAGAAAGAAUAUGGCGAAGUGAAUACGAUUCCCUUCUGCCAGAUGUGUAUGAAUGGCCAGAAUCUGCAUCACGCCCUCCCCUGAUCACAGAAUAGAAGCACUCCCACUGUGAAGUAUUUUCCAUGCUUCAGAACUCCUCUUUUCAGACAAAAAAAGAUAUAAUGUUCUCAGAUUUCUGGUGUUUUAUGUUAUUUUUUUCUCCCCCACCACUCUGCAUGAAUUACUCUUCCCUGUGGAGCUACCCAUCUGUUGGGGAUAGAUGUGUUGUUGAUGCUCACCAAUACCUUUCAGUCAAAUGGCUGUGAUGCUUUAAGUCUAAUUUAUAAUGCAUACCACAUUCUAAGAGAUGUUAAAAAUGUGUUUGUAAAUGUCUUUACUUACAUGUAUUCUUAUUCACACUUGGCAAAGUAUUUGCUAUUCACUGUUAUAGGUAAUAAUCUUCUCUCACCUACUUCUUUUAAGGCUACUAAAAUAGAAACUUACUUUUAUGGAUAUGAGUACAGAAUUUUGAGAGGAAGCCAAAUUUUAACCAAAUUCCAAGGAAAAGCUGUUGCUGUCUAAAAAUGUUCCUUUAUAUCUGCUUUAUCUUGCCUUCAUGUUAUGAAAUUCUUUUAUAGUAGUCAGAUCUAGGAAAAUAUGAAAAUUCUACCCUAUUGUUUGUUUUCUGGAAGUAAAUCAAGGCUUCACAAUAACAUUAUGAGAGAGUAGUGGGAACCACUGCUGCUUUUAGACAAAUAGUCAUUCUUUUCAUCAAUAGUCUAUAACAAUCAUAGUGUAACAUUUCUAUUUAAUAAAAGUAAUAUCUUAAAUUUUAUUGCCUCAGUUAUGCUCUCAUUGUUCAGCUAGAAAUUUAGGUUUGCUUAUUAUGAAAAACAUGUUUUCAUUACUUUUAGAUGAUUCUAGGAGGGAAUAUAGGAUAUUUAAACAUAAAUAUACGUGUAUUAUGACUGCUGUCCUAUGACUUUUAAGAAUAAAUUAGUCAUGCAUCACAUCUAUAUAAGUCAUAUUUAACUAGAGAGACUAUACCCUUAUUCCAACAGUGAUGUUCUUUCUUUUUUAUUUUUUUUGUUACUUU